AUGCCCCUUCAAGGCUUUCCGUCCGAUGCUUGGCUGUUUACACCCACAGGACUCGGAAGAGACGAGUCCAAUUAUUCUCUCGUUCCCGAAGCCAUCAGUCGUGCACAAUCUCGUCACCUUUCUGUGAUGACAUCGCGUUGCCGGAAGCUAGAAUUAACGACACAGGAUUUGUGUGUGAUCAGAUCGACAGCUUGCCAAGGCCGUGUGGAUCGUGUGAGUUCAAGUCGCGUCAUUCGUGGGGCUUCACUUCGUGAGCCUCAUGAGGCAAUCCGACUUCUCUAUGAGAGCUGGUGCACCUUCAUGUAUAAUUGA